CAAGCAUAUUAAUUAUGGAAAGACUAUGGAACUAUGGAAUUGAGUUCCAAUUUUUUUUUUAAAAUCUUUAAUGCAGUGCAGUAAAGGAAAGCUUUGUUCUCAAAAACUUGAAACUUAUAAUGUACCUUUUUAUUUGUCAUCUUAAUCAAUGGAAAGCCUUUUUUUUGUGCCACUAAUUUGAACGAAUAGAGAGUUUUGAGAAUGGCUGUUCACUGUUUUGCUUUGGUAAACAUUCUUGGGUAAAUCCUUGGUUAAGUCCUGUUUCUCUGAAUCCUAUGUGGAAAGUUUCAUGUCUAUAUAAUAGAGAUUCUUACAAGUUGAAAAUAUAUAAUUAAUAUGAGAUAAAAACACACUUUCUUGUGCUGGCUCCAAUUAAAAUGUUCCUUUAGUGUCUGCUUUUUGUUUGCAUCUGUUUACCCUGGAAAGUGCAAUGAAUUAACCGGCCUUAAAUAAGGAAUUAAGUGGUGGUUUUUAACAAUUUUGUGCUUGGUGUUUGAGAUCACGCACAAAUCUUUGGUUUUCUGCAAUUCCUGUUUUAGUGAAUUCCAAUUGAAAGGGUAGAAUUAAUUAGGGGAGAUGAAGUUUGUGGGUCUACAAGUGAAUUUGUGUCCAUUUUGGUGGCCUCUUUUACUUUGAACUGACUCUUGCAGGCUUGCAACAAUGUUGCUUCUCAGAUUUGCUUAUGCUAGAAAAAUUAUUUGAUGAAUGGACAGGCUGAAUGUUUAGCUUUUUUUUGGUGUAGAUUUUACAGGGUAGAUGUUCUGAGUCCUUUUUAUAUUUCCUUAUCAGUAUGAUGCUACUCCAGAAACAGAGCAGUUUAUUUUCUCGCUCAUAUUUGGUGUUGGUGGCCAUUUAUAUCACAUCACGUUUUAUGAUUUUACUAUUUUAGUUUCAUAUUUGGGGUGCAAAGAGAUUUUAUAGCUCUAGAAUACCUGUUCAGAAAUGUAAGGUUGCAAGUAUUGGGGCUAGAUUGCAGAUAAGUGUACUUUGCUUCAAAUAUCAGGGAUCAUGUCCAUUGCACAAGUAUGGCAUAACUCAUGUUCUGCAUAAGCUUUUUUGUUUGGGGUUGUAAUGAUACUAUUCCAUCUGAUGGUUGCCAACUUUUAUUACGUGGAAAGAAAUGGAAAGAUGCCAUUAUAACUCUAUAUUUGAGCUGCUUUGUGGGCUUUGUGGAAAGGAUGGGAAUAUCUUUGCCUGGGAGAGCAGGUUUUUAUUUGAGGCAGAUAAGAUGGUUAGAAUUUUGAACUUGCAGUCAAUAGAGUUUCCCUGUCCUUGGCUGCAACCUCUCAGAGGUCUCGGAAGAAGGAAUUGUUUGGGAGAAGGAGAGAGAGAAGAAGCCCAAGAAGGAGAAGAAAGAUAAAGAGAAGAGAGAAGAUAAAGAAAAGAGGGAGAAAGAUAGGAGUGAUGGAAAGCAUAGGGAUAAGAAAGACAAAAAGGAAAAGCAUAGAGAGAAAAAGGAGAAGGAUAGAGAAAAAAGUAGCGCAUCAGAUGAAAAGAGACUUCCAGGGCAAGCUAAGCUUGACAAUGGAGGAGAUAAAGCCUCAGGUGAAAGGAAACUUCCUGGGCAAUCUAAGCAUAUCAAUGGAGAUAAAGCCUUGGAUGGCAGGAAAUUUCCAGAGAAAUCUGAGGGUAAUGGUGGAGAGAUUAUUGCUCAGAAGGGUAAGGAAAGGGAUGAGGAGAAGAAUAGCAUCUCUGGUGAGAAGAAAUUUGCUGGGCAAUUUUCAGGUUACAAUGGUCAGAAGCUCAUUCAAAUUAACAGCAAUUUAUCUCACCAUACUAGGGAUUCUAAAUUUGUACAAGAGCUGGGAAAGAGAGCCAGAGAUGAAGACAAAAACCAGUUCUCUGAGAAGUUUCCUGGUAAAGAUGCAAAAGGGGAUGAGGGAAUGGUCACACUGGUGGCGAAAGCCCCUAGCAACUGGGUUGAUGGAAAAGAAAAGAACAAGAGAGAUGAUGAUGGAAACAUGGAUGGUCAAGGAAUCAGGGAUGAAGCAAGAUUUAAUGGCAGUACUCAGAGCCUUUCUGCAACAUUUCAAGCUAGAUGUGAUGAGACGCCAAGACCACUGGAGAAAGACAUUGAGAAGAUGGAAGGGAAGGAUAAGUCCAAACAAAAGGAAAGCAAUCAUAAACGCAAGUAUAAAGAGAAAAAAGACAAAGAGAAGGAUAAAGUCAGGGAUAAGGAGAAGAAAAGGGAGGAGAAACCAAAGGAGAAAAGUGAGCAUAAGAAGAAAGAGCAAGAUAAAUUGAAGGAAAGUGGUAAGUCUGAUGCUGUAGCUAAUAAUACUGUAAAACCUUCUCAUCUUCCGAAGGAGAUCACUAAUAGUGCUGUUCACGAAGUAAAUAUCAAGAAACGAAAGGACUCAGACACAAAUGGAUUUUUGCAUGCUAAUGAUAUUAAGCCGGAUAAGUUGCCAAGACCCGCUUCGUCCUUGCCUCUAUCAGCUGAGAAUGGAAGGAUGUUGGGAACUUGCCAAAAUCCCACUGCAGCUAUACGAGGUAAGCAGGAGGCUGUCAAUAAUGAUAAGGUGGAUAAUAAAGGACACAAGAUAAAUGGUUUGAUAGAAGCUCAAGCUCUGUCAAUCUCCUCAACAACUCAGCCGCUAUCUAUCUCUUUAAUGAAGCCGUUGCAUUCAACUGCACAAACGGAUCAAAUAGCUGAAGUGUCUAAGAAACAACCCCAUCCAGAUUCCAAGUAUCUGCCUUAUGUGCUUACAGUGCCCAAAAUGGAAGAUUGUUCUGAUUUCGAGGACCAAGAAUGGCUAUUUCAGAGCACCAAUUCCCAAGCAAAGAAGCCCAAGGUUGGAUUUUCAGGGGUCGACGAGACACCACCGGUGUGGUCAGAAGCUCUACACUUUGAGUGGGCUGAUGUUUAUGCGCUGCCAUACGUGAUUCCCUAUUGAUGAUUUCAGCAAUUGGACAUGGUUGACAAUCCGGAACAAUCUAAUGUGUUGGACCCUCCGUAGAACCACGUUCUGCAUCGGGGAGAGGUAUAGCAACAUCUGGGCAUUGGGUUGGUUAUUCGAUUCUCAAGCUGCAUUUUUCUGAUUCCCUGGACAGUUUAGUCUGCAACUGCCAGAGUAUCGAGGCAGUAGUGGUGUGCAUUCUUUAACUGCCUGAGUUUUGAAAAGGUGGUGAAUGCAAGCUAAUGAUCUCAGACACUUCAUUGCAUGCCGGAGCGAGCACGAAUAGAAAGGUAUUGUUGAAGGGCAGGUUUUUCCUCCUUUCCUUCCGGCACAGUAUCACUAAUUCAUUCAGAAAAAGUAAUUGAGCAGGGUUGCUUGGAAGAGAUGCACAAGCCUGUGCAAUUUUAUUCUAUUUGCCUUUAGCCGAAGCUCUUUCCAGUUGAAAAAUGUAAGAGGAAAUGGCUGUGGUCUUGGCAACUCCACAAAAAUUUUGAUUUGUAACAUACGAGGCUUAAUUUACAGAAAAUAUUAUAUAGAAGAAAAGUAGUAGCAUUCAUUUA